AUUCCACGGCUAAGCGAAAAACAUUUGACGUUUGACAAAAAACACGAAAUUUUCAUGAAGUUUGCUCUCUUAUAUCUUUUUGUAUAGGAAAGCAAGCAACCUCAGGUUUUUUGCAUCAAUUAGUGUUACUCAACCUCUUUUCAGCCAUAUAUGAAAAGUACUAUGUUUUAUAUGGCUUCAGUUAAAUAUUAUCCAUAUCUUGAGACCACUUUUGAGAAAAAAUCUUGAAGCGGGAACGUUUUUUUAAAACGAAGCUUUUGGAGGUAUUUUUUCUGGAUUGCUCAACUACAAGCUUGAUUCUCACUGUUUCUACUACUGUUUUUAGUCUGUAGAUUCUUUAAACUGUUUUUUUCAAAACAAAAAGAAAUAAUAAUCAACUAAACUUUUAGUCUAAAGUUUACAAAAUGGAAAUGUGCUGUGAACUUAACAAUCUACGUGAAAUGGUGGUUCAAUCUAUAAGUCAAGAAUCUACCAAAGUGUUGUCUGAAAUAGCAACCUGCAAGAAUAUUUUGGAUUUUCUGGAUAUAAAUGAUGGCAUUAUUUCUCUCAAAUAUCCUGAUUUUGUGUUAACCAAUAGCCAUUUUCUACAAAUUUGCAAAGACAAAAAUAAACAUAACAUAACAUUAAAAAAUCUUUCAUUAUUUUUUACAACCUACUGUAAGUAUAAUAUCUCUAGAGUGAUGCUUAUAAGGAUCUUAAAAAAGUUAAAAGGUUACAUUGUAAAAUUAAAUCGAGCCAAAAAUUUGGACUUUAAAAAACAUUUUUUAAGCUCUGCUUUAUCUUUUAAUAGUGCUUUUUCUGAUGUUGUUGGUUUGUUACCUUCUGAUGCUUGUUCUACCCCUACUUCUAUCUACAAUAGUGAAAUUGUUCCAAAUCAAGUUACUGUUUUUGUAUCUUCUGAUUUAAAUUUACAAAUUACUAAUGAUGAAUUGUCGUGUCCUGUUACCCCAACUUCUAUUAUAUACAUCCCUUUAGAAAAUAGGUCUGAAAAAUUUCUUACUGAAACACGUUUUAGUGAAGAGAAUCUUCCAGUUUCCAAUUUAGAUAAAAAACUACCUUUAUUUUCUGGUGAUUUGACCUAUCAAAUAAAAAGAUACAAACGGAGAACUAAUUACCUUAAAUUGCAAAAUAGACAAGUUAAUAGAAGAUGUUAUGAAUAUAAAAGAAAAUAUCAAGCAAUCUUGUCAAAAUAUAAUGUUCGAAAUGUCAACAAAAGAGACGUUAGAAAAGAUUGUAGGAUUAACCAAUUGUUGCAAAUAAAUUUAAGAUUAGAAAAAGAAAUUGAUUUGGCUAGAAAGCGUUCCCAAUCAGAUCGACAAAAGGCUUGGUAUUUAAAGAAAAAAAUUGAAAACACUAUUUUGAAAACAUCUGAUGAAACAAAUGAUUCAUUCUUAAAGGAGAGUUUGAAUUACUUUGAAAAUCUUACAGAAGAGCUGAAGGAAAGAGUUGACAUUUUUGAAAAAAAUGUUAUUGACGUUUAUGAAGGAGGUAGAUAUAAUGAUGAAAUUCGCUCGGUAUAUUACGACCUUUUAAGUAAAAAUGUUUCUGUUAAUAAUGUUGAAUCUGUUAUCAGAACUGUACUACAAAAAAUGGCUGGAAUUUCAUGUGGCACACUUUCAAAAAAAUCUUUGACUUCUGAAUUUUUUAGUGAAAUGAACCUUUUAGCAAAAGCUCAAGUGAGAGAGGCUAUGUUGAAUAGUACAAACAAUGUUCUUCAUACAGAUGGCACAAAAUAUAAUUUUAGAGAGGUUGGUAGUUUUCAAGUCACAACAUCAUCUGGUAGCUACACGUUUGGGAUAGAAGAUAUGUUUUCGGGAGAGGCACAAUCUUAUUUUGGAGAGCUAAAAAACUUACUCACUGAUAUGUCUAAGAUAUUUUCUCCUGACAAGGAAAACUACGAGAAUGAUCUUAGGAAACUUAUAUUUUCUUUCAAAUCUUUGAUGACAGAUCGCACUAUCGUUAAUUCAAGUUUUUUUCACCAAUUUAAACAUUGGAGAGAAGCAAUUUUGCCUUUUGUUGUUGAAAACUAUGAUCAGCUUCCUUUAAAUGAAAAAUUAAAAAUUUCUCAAAUGCAUCAUGUUUUUUGUGGCUUACACGUUAUCCACAAUCUAGGAAUAUAUGCAGAAAAAGCAAUAAUAGAAUGGGAAAAAGUGGUUGAGCAGGAAGGUAGUAUUCAUGGUGGUUUUAAAAGUUCUCAAAACUCUCGCACCUUUGAUAUUUUGUAUGAACUUUCAAAACUUACAAGCUAUCGGCAUGGUGAUCAGCGAAAUGGAAAAGCUGAUGAAUGGAAAGCAUUUUUGCGUAAAAGGUUUUCAAAAAAUUAUAUGGUUUCAUUUCUGCAUCAUCGCUUUAAUAUUAUAUUUGUACUUGGUGGAGCAACGUAUUAUCAUAAAGACCACCUUAAAGAAUUUGUUUUCAAUCUUGGUGGUUCAAAUUUUCUUCAUGAGUCAAUUAGGCAUGAUAUUGACAACAUCAUUUUUCAUGCUUCAACUAGAGCUCUGGGAAUUUUUAAUAAAUUGAUAUCAGGACCUCUUUUUCGUAUUAUUGAAGAGGAGGGUCAUAUUUUCUCUUUAAAUACCAUUUGGUUGCAAAUGUUCAAUUAUUUUGUUUCUUGUUCUUCUGAUGCAUCAAAAAUGUUAAGUGGUUCUACAUUUUUUGAUGUAAAAUAUCUCACCAAGGAUGAAGUGUUUGAUCAUUUAUUUUCUAAUUGUAAUGACCUACUUUUGGAUGCCUUAACACAAGAAUGUCUUGAAGUUAUAUGUUGCACAUGUUCGGUUAUGAUUCAGAGUCAGUUAAGAGACCAAUUGCCUGGAGGAAAAUAUUACAAUCCGGGUGAUGAUGUGCUUGAAGAAACUCAAAACUGCCCACGUACUAAUGUUGUGUCUGAACGUGACUUUGCUUCCUAUGACCGCAGGUUAAAAAUGAAACCUAACAUGACAACAGUAGCUGCAGCUGGUGUGAUCAUGUUUAACAACAACAAAACAGCUGAUUGGAUAGAUGGAAAAUCACAGGAAGAAAUUGAAAGGCUAGUUAUAUUAGCAAGGCGAAAUAGAAAAGGGUAUAUAAGAAAGUACAGAGAGAAAAAAGCAAAUAUAUUGCAGUACAAAAUUGAUGAGAUGGACAAGCGCAACUUAGAAAAGGAAAUAAAGGAACAAAAGGCAAGCGAAGAGAAAGAGUUUUUGACAACAGAAAUCGGAAAGGAUGGUGGUUUAAUUUUGUGUGAAGAGGAUUUUGAAAAAAUUUUAGGAACUGAAAAUGAAAUUGUAAUGAAGUUGCAAAGACAAAUUAAAUUUCGAAAAAAAGUAUUACAGCAAAAAUUUCCAGAAAAGUGGUUACAAUUAGGAGAAAAGGCAAAAGGGGAGUAUUACAAAAAAUUUGGUAUUGAUAAAUUAAAAACCAAUCUAAUAUCAAUUUUUAAAUUUUUAAAAGAAGUUCCUGAACAACGCGCAACUGCAAUAAAAUGUUCAGUUAUCAGACAGAUUAAUGAAAGACAAGAAAUGUUGUUAACAUUAAAAAAAAAGUCAGAUUAGAGGGUGACGCUAGGUUAAUUAUGGAAACUGGAAGUAAAAUAAGAACAGGCACAUCAAAGGGAGGGGUUCCAAAGUUUUUAG